UAUGGAGAGUAGAGGCAAUGACAUCGAAAUACGGCCACGAUCUUCAGCUAACCUCAGGGAGAGGGACAGAACUCAGAGUGUUAAUUCAGCUUUUACAUUACUCAGACAAUUGAUUCCAACCCAGCCUCUGAACCGAAAGCUCUCUAAGAUUGAGACAUUAAAGUUGGCAACCUCGUAUAUUGAGCAUCUUGCAGCUACACUACACGCCGGUCAGCAUACUAAACCUGGCGGACUCUGCACUUUCUGCCUCAGGGAAGAGAAAGAGAGAAAGAAUGUCGCUGAUAAACCAUCAGAUCCAGAUCAGAUUCCUCACAAUACCUUCAACAAUUCAUUUAUCAAGAUAGAUCAAUUAGCGCUCUCUGAUCAAUCAAUUGAUGCUGAGCAAUCAUUGAAUAGUAAUCAAUCAAUUCAUUCCGAGAAUAUGUUAAAUUCUGAUCAAUCAAUUCUUAUGAAUCGAUUACACGGAUAUCAGUUGAACUCAAUCAAUCGAUUACACGGGGAUCAAUUGAAUCAAUUAGAAAGUGAUCUAGGAUCAGAUGAUCCAAGAGAUGUUGUUUCACUUGAAAGAGAUCAACUUGAGUUUGAGAGAUGGAGCAAAAACGAUCUUUACAGACUUCAUCAUGGGUUCAAGCUUUAUCAAGAAUAUUCUUAUUUAUAAGAAAGUUGAAUAAGUGGACAACGGGCGUACUCAGGAAUUUGUCCAGAGUGCUUAAAUUUUUUUUCCAGUACCCGCUGGUCCCUCAAAACGUCCUGGUAAUCAUAGAUUUCACUAAAUCACGGGGGCUAAGCCCCCAUAGCCCCCCCCCCCGAGUACGCCUCUGAAGUGCACUUUUUUAGUACUGUUAAGUUAUAAUUCUAAAGAUUUCAAAAAUGAUGAUUUUUUUAUUUUAGUUAAUUAAACUCUUUGAUAGU